AUGUCUUCAUCCCCAGCACCCCCCUUCUCAGCCCUCCCCCUCCAAAAAGACGGACCGCCCGGCAACGCAUGGGGACUUUCUACCCACGACCCUCGCCGCGAGCAGAGAGAUCGCCCACGGCAUCCGGGUCACCACCGACUGGGGGAUGGACGUGCCCCAGGUCCCGUGCUUCCACCGCCAGCCCUCCACCAAGAGAUCCACCACAAGGCGCCUCGGACGGUGAACGACGAGAUUGAGACGCUGAACACGCAGAGCACCUCCCAGGGGAACGGGUUCCGGGGUUCCGGCAUUUCGACGUUCUCCACCACGAAGAUCGGAACCCACAUCUGGGUCGCCAACGGGGGCCUCGUCGGCCGCGGCGUCCUCCUCGACUACGCCGCCUGGGCUGCCUCGCAGGACCUCACACCCGCCCUGGUCGCGACGACCGAGAUCCCCGUCGCCGACCUCGAGCGCGUCGGCCUUCCAGGGCGGCGUGGACUUCUUCCCCGGCGACAUCUUGCUCAUCCACCCGGCUUCGUCGCGGCGCUGGCUGCCCUCUCGGAUGCCGGAGCGAGCGCGCACGCGGCGGACAAUUCUCUGGCGGCGAUCGGCGUCCAAGCGUGCGAGAAGAGCCUGAGGUGGAUCUGGGAGAGAAGGUUUGCGGCUGUGGCGAGGGACAUGCCGGCAUUUGAGGCGCUGCCUUUUCAGAGCCGGACGCCCUGGCUGCUGGCUGGCUGGGGAAUGCCCGUUGGAGAGCUUUUUGAUCUGGGCCGGUUGGCGGCUGAGUGUGCGCGAUUGGGGAAGUGGACGUUCUUCUUUAGUACUGUGCCAUUGAAUUCUGCCGAAUGGAGUAGCGAUCUUGUAGGGUAUCUCAACGUUCGAGAGGAUAUGGUUCUUUUGUCGUGGGAGCUUGUAUCAAAAGUGGUGUACAGGACUUUGGCACAGGAACCGACAGCUUCGAAGCCCUUGGAUUGCCAAAAGCAGGUCUAG